AAUAAACUUUCUAAAUUUUGUAUAGAAAGUGCAACAGUGUCAGUUUUCCAGACACCGCGCUAAGACAAGUAGAACACAAUGGGAAUCAAAUUCCUCGAAGUUAUUAAACCCUUCUGCAGUAUACUGCCGGAAAUUGCAAAGCCCGAGCGCAAGAUCCAAUUCAGAGAAAAAGUACUAUGGACCGCCAUCACACUGUUCAUUUUCCUGGUGUGCUGUCAGAUCCCACUGUUCGGCAUCAUGAGCUCCGACUCUGCGGAUCCCUUCUACUGGAUUCGUGUUAUCCUGGCCUCCAACCGUGGUACCCUCAUGGAGCUGGGUAUCUCGCCCAUUGUCACCUCGGGCCUGAUCAUGCAGCUGCUGGCCGGAGCGAAGAUCAUUGAGGUCGGUGACACGCCCAAGGAUCGCGCCCUGUUCAACGGAGCCCAGAAGCUGUUCGGCAUGGUGAUCACCAUUGGCCAGGCCAUCGUGUAUGUGAUGACUGGCAUGUACGGUGAUCCAGCGGAAAUUGGAGCUGGCGUUUGCCUGCUCAUCAUCAUCCAACUGUUUGCCGCCGGUCUGAUUGUGCUGCUGCUGGACGAGCUGCUGCAGAAGGGCUAUGGCUUGGGAUCCGGUAUCUCCCUUUUCAUUGCCACUAACAUUUGCGAGACGAUCGUGUGGAAGGCAUUCUCCCCCACCACGGUGACGACGGGACGUGGCACCGAGUUCGAGGGCGCUGUGAUUGCCCUGUUCCACCUGAUGGCAACCAGGAACGAUAAGGUUCGUGCUCUGCGCGAGGCCUUCUACCGCCAGAACCUGCCCAACCUAAUGAACCUGCUGGCCACCAUUCUGGUGUUCGCUGUCGUCAUCUACUUCCAAGGCUUCCGUGUGGAUCUACCCAUCAAGAGCGCCCGCUACCGCGGCCAGUACAGCAGCUAUCCCAUCAAGCUGUUCUACACCUCCAACAUUCCCAUCAUUCUGCAGUCGGCUCUGGUCUCCAACUUGUACGUGAUUUCCCAGAUGUUGGCCGUCAAGUUCAACGGCAACUUCUUCAUCAAUCUGCUCGGCGUGUGGGCCGAUGUUGGAGGCGGCGGCCCAGCCCGCUCCUACCCCAUCGGUGGUCUGUGCUACUAUCUGUCGCCGCCUGAGAGCGUCGGCCAUAUACUCACUGACCCCAUCCAUGCCCUGCUCUACAUUGUCUUCAUGUUGGGCUCCUGUGCGUUCUUCUCCAAGACCUGGAUCGAUGUGUCCGGCAGCUCAGCGAAGGAUGUUGCCAAGCAGCUGAAGGAGCAGCACAUGGUGAUGCGCGGCCAUCGCGAGAACUCCAUGAUCCACGAGCUUAAUCGUUACAUCCCGACGGCGGCUGCCUUCGGCGGUCUCUGCAUCGGUGCACUGUCCGUGAUGGCCGAUUUCCUCGGCGCCAUCGGCUCCGGCACGGGUAUCCUGCUGGCUGUGACCAUCAUCUAUCAGUACUUUGAGAUUUUCGUCAAGGAACAAUCUGAAAUGGGCGGCAUGGGCACGCUGCUGUUCUAAGCAGUCAAUCCGAAAUGCAAUCAACCAAUUCUUCAUCAUAUUUCUCACACGCUCGCUCGCCCAUUAAAAAAAACAAUCUAAAUUCCA